ACCCACCUCAUCGUACAGCCACUUGCCCUUUUACACAACCCAUUCGUUUGUUUGUACCUUCACACCUCUCACCUGACGACCUGAGAAUGGCCGAUACUACGUCACAGCCCCCGCCCGAUACCGUUAUGGAGAACGAGGAGUUGGACCCGACGGUCGAGGAUGAGAUCAACCCCGACGCGACACAACCUGACGCCAUGAACCUCGACGGCGCAAACGACACGGAGCCGCCAGCAACAAACGGAGUCACAGAUGGCGCGACGGCCUUUGAAGCGCGGAUACCAGCGAAGAAGGACGCCACACUGCGAGAGUUUCUGGGGAAGAUGGACGAGUAUGCGCCGAUUAUACCCGAUGCGGUCACCAACUACUACUUGACACGUGCCGGUCUACCACCCCCACCUCAGACGUCGCAGCAUCUCGCUCGCCUCCUUGCCCUUGCGACGCAGAAGUUCAUCGCAGACAUCGCCGCCGAUGCAUACCAGUUCUCACGCAUCCGGUCAUCCAACACUACGAGUAACAAUCCUAUGGGCGGACUAGGAGGUGCGGCAGGACCGCAGGGUGCGGCAGCCCCAGGUGGAGCGCAGGGCGGGAAGGACGCUGGUGCAAAGGCGAAGGACUACAACCUUGGCAUCGCGCGUCCAGGUUUUGGAGGCGGCGGCCAGGGUGGAGGUCAAGGACGCACUGUUCUGACUAUGGAGGACCUGGGCAUGGCAGUGGGCGAGUAUGGCGUCAACAUCAAGCGCGGCGAGUUCUAUCGGUAGAGGUUUCGGCUGGACAUUUCGAUUAAACUUUCAGGCGUUGGGGCGGUUUCACAGGCGCAUGGUUUUACACAGACAUUGGGCUGAUCACAUUUGUACGAUAUGAGUACAUUUUUUGGCUUCCAAAAAAACCAUUGAUACCCGAACUCCCAUCUGAUGCAACGCGAUGCC